AGGUAGCCUAAAACAAUGAUAGGCAAUAACAAGGGCAUCUGAACAAAAAUCGUUGUCAUUGAAACUGACCGCUGUUGCUGCAGAUGUUGCUAAACUUGCUUUUCAGCUCUAGUGUCUGUGUUACUUCCGUGUUCAUACCUUGAUACACCUGUGUUAUAACUGCAGUAGAUAGGCUACUGAAGCCACCUGUCGCGUUCAAUUAGCCUAGUAGGCUUUUUCAGUAGGCUAUUUGACGUGCCAUGAGCGCGGAGCCAGAAUCACGUGAUUGAACACCUGUGUCCUUACGAGACGACCCAGACGCUGGAGUGGAAGUUAGAGAAAGUUCGGGAGACAUUAAUAUGGAUUUACAACAGCCGAUUUUCUUCUCGUUGGAUGUACUCCAGCAUGAAACUCAAUCAGCUAAAGUCGUCUCCGGGUUGUCUGGAAAGGCUGCCGCUACAUCAGCGGUGACCACCUCCGACUCAGAAUCGGGUAUAUUCUCAGGUGAAUCGGAACUUUGCAUGGAACAUGAAUCAGACCUGGACUGGUUCUGCAUCUCCGAGCAGAAACUCAUAUGCUCGCACUGCGCCAUAGUGGGAUCCUGCCAGGGCCGCACGGUGACACCCCUGGCCAGCAGAGUGACAGCGGUCAGGGUGAGUGCCCAGACUUUUCCUGAAAGGAAAUUAUCCAGAUGUAGUCUCUUGUUGUAAUACCAUUAGAAUAUACCACCUAUAAAUAAUACCAUGUCCUUUUUGGGCAGUUACAUUUAAGCUGCAGCUUGUGCGUCAUAUGGACCUUUGUCACAGUGAAUGGGGCCAGGAGACUUUGUUUACCUAGAGUUAGGAGUGAGAAUGCAACAGGCAAACUGAGUAUACCGUUGGUUACCUGGGGUACUACAGUACAAAGGACCAGCUGGUUUGUGUUUCGAAAGUGUGUGUUCACAUGCCUGGUGGGUGUGUAGGGUGUGCCACACUUUUCCCACACCAGACUGAGGACUUUCCCCUGUUGUCUUGUGGAAUGUGAGGAGACAAGAAUUUCAAGCUGUUGGGAAGAUGCAAGAAGCCUUUCAAAACAUUUUCCAUACAAUCAGUAUCAAUUAUCAUCACUGCUCUUCUAUAUUAUUUUCUAUUUCAGGAUACACAAUUACAUGUUGGUGAUGGCAGUUCAGCACUACAGGAAUAGGCUAAUCAGGAUAGGAGUCCCUGCUUUUGAAAAUGUACCUGAUCAGCUCUGUGGUUUUCAAGUCCAACACUAGUCUUUUUCAUGCCAGUCACUGAAUGUGUGUGUUGUCCUGAACAGAACCAACUGGUUGACAUAUGUGAGAAAAUGCAGCUGCAGGCCAAGCGCAUCGAGCUAUUUAUCAACCAGACCCUGACUGCCAAAGAGCGGGCACUGCAGGUGAGCAGCACUGUUACACUCACACUCAGUCCCUUAUUUGCUUACACUACACACAGCUUCGGAAUGGCAAGCUCUACACACAGAUAUCUAAUAGAUUCCAUCAUGUCUUUUUGAUGUGUGUCCUAUGCCCUCUGCUGUGUGUCUAUGCAGGUGGAGGCGAGCGGGGCUCGGGAGCAAGUGGUGGCCCAGGUCAGUGUGGUGAGGGAGGCUGUGGAGGAGGAGGAACAGCGGCUGCUGGAAGCGGUGCAGAGGGAGGAGGAGAGGGUGGAGCAGUGCCUCCUCACCCAGAGAGCCCACUGGGGCCAGGCCCUGGCUAUGCUCACACAGACACGCACACGCCUGGUGCACACCCUCACAAACACACCGGACAUACAGCUGGCAGUGAGUAAGGGAGAUAGGUACAGGUAGGGAGGGAGAGACCAAUGAUUUAUAUAUACACUAGAUGACUAAUGGGGGCACUGUGUUGAAGCCACCAUGCCUCCAUCUUGGCACUCCCCCACCAUUGUAACACAUAUUUUGGAAGCUAUAGAAUUGCAUUUAUUAAUGUCUACAUGGUCCUCUGUAGCUCAGCUGGUAGAGCACGGCGCUUAUAACGCUAAGGUAGUGGGUUCGAUCCCCGGGACCACCCAUACACAAAAAAUGUAUGCACGCAUGACUGUAAGUCGCUUUGGAUAAAAGCGUCUGCUAAAUGGCAUAUUAUUAUUAUUAUUAUUACAUUUGUUUUUGCCACAUUGAUGGAACGCAAUCUCUCCGCUACUGUUUCGCUAAGAAGCUGAGGGACGGGGCUGGAGAAAUGUAACGACUCUCAAAUUCAUAUACAGAGCUAUGAAUGCAAGGACUGACCGUCCAUUAUAUAACAAUAGUUUUAACUAUGUUUUGAGGCUAUACAGUGUUUGUUUACAUUCACGUUGUUUACAAACAUUGGAGUAAAACAAGCUUAUAUUUUGGGUACUGAUGGGGUACGACAGUUGAACUAAGGUCAUGAGGCAUUUAUAAGUUAUAUUCUUCAAGAAUCAAUGGGUACAUAUCAUUAAUUUAGAAGUCCAAAAACGAAUGUAGCUACUGCAGAUUGCCCCUUUAAUGCAUACUUUUACAUUAUAUUCCAUACAUUCCUAUGGAGGACUGCUCUUACUGGGGAUUGCCAAUAUGGCUGACCGGUGGCUUCAAAGCAUCCUAAUACAUAGCAUCAGCAAUCCAGGGUGUAUAUAAAUGAUUGAGAGUGACAAUAGAGGGUGGGAUGCGGGAGUGUAUAGAUGUAAGUCGCUCUGGAUAAGAGCGUCUGCUAAAUGACUAAAAUGUAAAUGUAAAUGUAAUGUGGAAGAAAGAAGGAUGGAAAAAUAGAAGGGGCGAACAAGAGUGCUGAUGGUGGUGCAAACGAUGAUGAUGAUGAUGGUAAUAAUGUUACACUUGAUUGCUGUAAAUGAUCGUUGACGCUCUCUUGUGUUUCAGACCUCUGGCCAGGAAAUAGCUGAGAGGUAAAUAUUAUAUUUUGACAUGUAUUUUUGCCCAACCACUUGGUGAAGCAAUCCUGCGUUGUUCAUUAGUCAGAUUCACAUGACUUGCCUCUUGUGUGUGUUUGUGUGUGUAUCAGGAUUGAGGAGGCAGAGGGGGUGGGUGAGCCUUGUGACACUGACCAUCUCAACCUGAACACCAGCUGCAGUGACAGCAAACUCAUGAGGGGCCUGUGGGCCAGCGCCAUACUGUUGGGGCCAACUGGUAACAUAAUAUAGGCCAGGGCAACCUCUGGUUGUUCAGGAAACAGUAGUUUCAAAUAGUUGCAGUUAAUAGUGUCUGAACAACUGGCAAUAAGUGCUUAAUUAAUUAUGAAUAAAAAUACACUCUUCUCUUCCCUCUCUCCCUUAAGCUUACGGUUCAGCAAAUCUGACAUUUGACGAGCGCACCGUCAGCUCCGUACUGUCCCUCUCAGAAGACCUUUGCACUCUGACCUUCCUGCCUAAGCGGUCACGCCAGUCCCCGCCCUACGACCCGGCACGCUUCGACAGCUGGCCCAAUGCGCUGGGCACCCUGGCCAUCUCCUCCGGCACCCACAGCUGGGUGAUUGACGUGGGUGAGAGCGGGGCCUUCAAGGUGGGGGUAUGCUACGCCAGCAUGGGGCGCAAGGGCUCGGGCAACGACUCCCGCCUCGGCUACAACGUCCAGUCCUGGGUGCUCUCCAAAUACGAUGGGGACUUCUCCUUCUGCCAUGCGGGGAAGAACACGCCCCUGCACGUGGUCCACAAGCCCAAGAGUCUGGGGCUACUCCUGGACUGGCCCAGUCAGACCCUGGUAUUUUAUGACCCAGACUCCAGGGCCGUGUUGCACUCGGUCAGACACGCUUUUAGUGGCCCGCUGAUGCCAGCAUUUGCUGUGGCUGACCGCAGUGUCACAAUACUGCACUGACCUCUGAAGUACUGUAACUGUCUGUAGUGUCAAUUAUAUAGAAUUACGGGUAACACUUUCAUAAGGCAUAUCAUAUGAGUUGAUAAUAUAACAGUGAAAGGGCUCAUUAAUGCUUAUAACAAGUAGUACUGCAUUAUACCUGCUGAUAAAAUUUUACUGAAUUACUUAUAAUAUUUGUACAUAAUACUAAUAGAAUACUAUCAAAGCUUCACAAUGUAUUUCAAUGUAAUCAAAUUGGCCAAAAUUAGGCCCUUAUGUCUGUUAUUGAAGAGGUAUGCAGACAGUUAUUUUACGAGAGAUAUGUUUCUAAUUUAUUAUUUGUUUAUUUUAAUCUGAAGAAAUGAUUCUGUAGAGAUUUCUGUAUGAGUCUGUCGAUCAAAUUAUACAGUAGUCCUAAUUUGUCAGUGAUGAAGUAUGUCCCAAACACUAUUCAUUUUGGAUUUAGGAGUAUGCUAUUUAUAUAUAUAUUCUUAUACUGUUAUGAUCUGAUAAUCAACUUACUGUAAGUGAAGUGAAUGUUUGAGACCUUUUCUAUCUUUUAAAGAGACUCCUGUCUGCAGGACUGGUUGAUCCAGAAGUUCCUGUCAUAUGCAUACAAAUAUUGUUGGAUUGUCUGAUUAUAUGCAAUGAAUGUCUCUAUUGAAACUCACAUCCCACUUUCCAUCCAUCCCUCAGUGAAAAUAAAAUUAAUGAAAUACCAGACGCAAUACAGGCGACACGAUCUAAAAAUGAACAGCAGGGGGCAAUGUAGCGUUUGUCAUAGUGAUGCGCGGGUUGACUCAUACCCCACAGUUCCCGCGGUUAUAUCCGGGCGGGGUGAAUAAAGAGAACAUCCAUAAAUGUAUAGUUCUUGUGCAAUUUAUAUC